GCUAGGAUUGCGGUGGUGUAACGCAAUUUGGGGUCUCCGGUGGCUUGAAGGAGAAAAGUGGAGAGAUACCAGCCAGUACCUCUUAAAACUGGAAGUUAUUUUCACCUGACAAGGCUGAAUCGGUAAUAAAGUGGCCUGAGGAGGGCUGUAUUUUGCUUUGGUUUUUGAAUCCCCCCCUCCUUUGAAAUUGGCAUAUUUUUAUAGUAGUAUAUUUUAAAAAAUGAAGACUGGCUUGAAACUUGCUAUGUCUUGCACCUUUUUCCAGGGAUGGCACUGACCACAUUUUUAUUUUGCCUUUUAUAAUGACAAAAAAUAGGAACUAAUCUCUUGCCAUUGGAAGGAAGAAGAAAAAGACCAUAGUGGGAGAAAAUUGGAUGUUAUAGUUUUUUUUUCAGUUGUUGCACUUAGAGUUGAUUUUUGUUCAGAACAAUUCAUACAAAUUCUACUUUUAAGAAUUUUUUUAGAAAUCUUUGUGAGGAGGAUUUUGAUUAGAGACUGCUUGUCUCAAAACUUGAUCCAAGUACUUUAAAGUGGAACAGUAAAACUGAGCAGUUUCUUAAAACAAAAGGCAGAAUGCCUUAAAAUCAUAAAGUUCUAUGUUUAAUUGACAACUGUUUUAUAUCUAAGCCUUUUUCAUUCCUAUUUUAUUCUAUGAUUAUGCACUUUCAACUUUGGUUUUUAUUUCAUUGUGAAGAAGGGAAAAAUUACUGUGCUUAUAUUUCAUAAAUGACAGCUUUGAGAUCUGUAACAGAGAAUUGGGAAUUUAAAAAUGCCAUGAUGAACUUGUUUUAAUAAAACACCCAACAGUGUAUACAGAAGUUUUAGGCAAGAGUUGCUGGAGGGGGUUCCUCCUUAUUCUCCAUUAAUGAGUCCUGGUGGUGGUGUUGGAGGACCCAUGAAAGACUGUGAAUACAGUCAGAUCAGCACUCAUAGCUCCUCUUCUCCCAUGGAGUCUCCCCAUAUGAAGAAAAGCAUUUCCAAGAGAAAAUGGGAGGUUUUCCCUGGAAGAAACAAAUUUUUUUGCAAUGGAAGGAUCAUGAUGGCUCGUCAGACUGGAGUCUUCUACUUGACAUUUGUUCUUAUUUUGGUUACCAGUGGACUCUUUUUUGCAUUUGAUUGUCCGUAUUUAUCUGAGAAGAUUACACCUGCAAUUCCUGUAGUUGGAGCCAUUCUGUUCUUUUUUGUUAUGGGGACCUUGCUACGUACUAGUUUCAGUGAUCCUGGAGUCCUGCCUCGUGCAACACCAGAAGAAGCAGCAGAUCUAGAAAGGCAAAUAGGUAACACAGAAGACAUUGCAAAUGGCUCUAGUACAGGAGGAUACCGUCCCCCUCCCAGAACAAAAGAAAUAAUCAUUAAUGGUCAGGCAGUGAAAUUAAAAUACUGUUUCACCUGCAAGAUUUUCCGUCCACCCCGUGCCUCACAUUGCAGCCUUUGUGAUAACUGUGUAGAACGGUUUGAUCAUCAUUGUCCCUGGGUAGGCAACUGUGUGGGGAAAAGAAACUACAGAUUUUUUUAUAUGUUUAUUUUAUCUCUGUCAUUUCUGACAGUUUUUAUAUUUGCAUUCGUUAUUACCCACAUCAUCCAUCGAGCUCAGAAAACAGGAUUUUUAACUGCACUUAAAGACAGUCCUGCAAGUGUCCUAGAAGCUGUGGUGUGUUUCUUCUCCGUUUGGUCCAUUGUUGGGCUCUCAGGUUUUCAUACUUAUUUGAUCAGCUCCAAUCAAACAACCAAUGAGGAUAUCAAGGGAUCUUGGUCAAAUAAAAGAGGCAAAGAAAACUUCAAUCCUUACAGCUAUGGCAACAUUUGUGCUAAUUGCUGCUCAGCACUUUGUGGGCCCCUUUCUCCUAGUUUAAUUGACCGAAGAGGAUUUAUCCAACCAGAUACCCCUCAGCCAGCAACUUCCUCAAAUGGCAUUACAAUGUAUGGGGCUACACAGUCUCAGAGUAAUAUGGGGACUGAAGUUAGAUUAACCAGGUGGUAAUUGACAGGAUCACCUUUUCCUUUUUGAAGGUUGGUAGUAUAUUUUGCUUUUAUCCCCAUCUUAGUACACUGCUAGUACUCCAUCAUUUCUUUAAUUAGUUCUUUUAUGCCAUAAAAUAUGCCAUGAGAGUCCACUCACUCACCAAAAGUCAUGUUUCCUAAACAUUUUUUCAUUAGUAUUUCAGGCUGCAAUCCACAGGCACUCAGCUGUUCUACAAUAUUAUGAAGGUUAUUCUUGAUUCAACAUUGUGGAUUGUGCCAUCUCUUCAUAACUGAUUCAUCUAUUUUUUAUUAUGUUCAAGAAAACAUUUCAGAUAUUAUAGAAAUAUUUGUUACUGCUGCGUUUAUAUAUAAAUUCCUGGAACUGGGAUUGUUUUAAUACUACAGUAUGUAGUCCUGAAAAUGUCAGUACCUCAUUUAUCUGUCCUGUGAUGUUUGCAUUCUUCUUAAGCACUUUAACCUUACAGAACUCUUUCAUUAUUUUCUGUUUCAAAUUUGGGAUAGUUCUUCAAUUAAAGCUUCAAUUAAAAAUACAGAUUUAGUCCAGAUCCCUAGAAUAUGGAUUUGUUGUUAAUUGUAAUUUCUGUGACAUAAUUCUGUAUAUACUGCAAAAAAAAUAUUUAAAAACAUAAAAAUAUAAAUAAGGUAAAAUACUUGGACUAAAAAAAAUUAAAAUGCUAGUGAGGGGGAAAAGAAAAAAAAGACACUGCAGGAAGCCUCCCUUUCAGCUGACAAAAUAUUACACACACCCAAAUGCUAUGACAGACCAGAAAGUAUCCAUUACAGUUGUCCAUCGAUUGCAUAUCUGUUGCUGUACCAAAACUCUGGAUAAACUGGACAGGCAGUAUUUACUUUUAAAGCAAUAGCUAUCAAAACAGGUUCAUUUAGUUUGAUAGGCUCCUAAUCUUUUAAACUUGAUUAACAGCCACUAUCUUAGUGAACCUAUUUAUCACAGAGAAUGUGUAUGUUUUUAUGAGUCCCAUUUGCCUCAAUAUUUUAUAAUCCUUUGCAUAUUUUUCUAUGCAUUUUUCUAUAUUACAAAAAGGGUUUCUAUAAAACAGCAUGAAACUGGUGCUUUCAUGCAGCAUGAUAGGAACCCAUGAAAUAUUUGCUACAAUAUGUUGUUCUUUUUUGUAUACUUGUUCCAUUUUGCUUAUUUCCCCUUUUCAAAGUAGUCUCUUCCAUAAGUUCAAUAUUAUUGAUAUUUCUUCCAAGUCCCUUUCAAUUAAAUUAUACUUAUUGAUGUAGAAUUCCAGUGGUAUGAAACAUUGACCAAGUCAGACAACAUGGAAAAAUAAAUGUAUUGAUUUUUUUAAUGCUUAAUUGCAAUUUAUUUUUGUAAACUUUUAGAGAUGGUAGAAUAAAAUUAUCUUUUUAUCUUAGGCCUAGCCAAAAUGUAUAAUGGAAGGAAUCAUCUUUGAUGCUGCUAGAGAUGUUCCUUGGAUUUUAAUGCCAAUUAGUAGAUAUGCUUUUUGUGAGUUGAGUUCAAAAAGUCUAUUUAGUGCUGUUAUUUUAAAAAGAAAUAAAACCAUACCUUAAAUAUAUGUUAAAUAUAUAUUGAAUAUUCAAUUUUAAUAUUAAAAUAGUUAAUUACAUAUAAAGUAACUAAUAAAUUAUCCAUGUUUUAAAUGAGCAAUUUUCAAUAGGAUACAUUUGUAUGAAAGUUGUUGUUAUUUCAUUUGCAUUGUAUGGACUAUUUGUCUAUUAAUCUAUUAAUAGUUAAUGAGCAUUAGUUCUAAUAUUUAACCGUUUGGAAAGAUUUUGACAGAAUUUAAAUCUAAUUUAAAAGGUAUAUGAACCAUCACUAAGGGACAGGAUGUUUCUCAAUCUAAUUAGAUUAUGUUUCUAUAAUUUUAUUAAAGCAGCUAUAGGAGCCUAAAUGUUUUCAGAAGGACUUAUGAAUUACAUAAAUUUAAGUGCUUUCCUGUUUGAGACUUAAGUACAGUAAAUUGCAGGCAAAGUUAAACACCGUAUGAAAGUAAACAUUUUUAAUGCCAAAAACUUAGCUAAAUGAUGGUAAUAUGAUUUUUGUAUAACAUAGGUCCUGUAUUUUUGUAUCAAUAAUAUACAAAAUGUAUACUUUUAAAAAUAAGUUUAAGGAAAUUAAACAGCGGGACUGUCGUCAGUCUAUAUAGUUAUUAUAUCAUAUUAAGAUGAAUUUGUCCCAUAUUGACUUGUGCAUUACAUCAUUUCUCCAAUAAUCUCAUAUAUUUGAACAAUAUACUACAGCAUUCAUAGAUUAUGUUCUGAUUAACUAACCCAAGCAUACAGUGAAUAUCACUAUAAUCUCUAUCUACAUUAGAAGGGGGCAUUCAGUAUUGCUAUUGUAAAUUUGUAAAUUCAAAUAGAAUAGUUUCACUUAUGCAGGAAAGUUCUGCACCUAAAUAGAAUAUGCUGUAUAUUUCAGGAAAUUGCAGUUAUUCAAGGGAAGAGAAGAAAGUUUUUACAAUUUCUGACUUCUUGUAUAAAUGUCAGAUACAGCCCAGUGCCCUGGCUCAUGAAAUCUGCUAAGAUUACUUAACCAUUGCUUACUAAAUAAGUAUUAUAGCCUGGAUUCUCACAUUGUACUACACAAAAAUCAGAUAAAUUACAUUAUGGCUGUUGUUCACACUAAAUGUAUUUAAAAUAUAUGGCUGAAAUUAACAUUACAUUCAACAAAGACAAGUUCAGUUUUCUUCACUUAUAAAACAAAAAUCAAAUGCAGUUAUAGCAAUAGCACUUAGACUUAUAUACCACUUCAUAGUGCUUUACAGCCCUCUCUAAGCAGUUUACAGUAUCAGCAUAUUGCCCCCAACAAUCUGGUUUUAGAAUGAGGGAAUAUAGACAUUGUAGAAGGGGAGGUAUGUUAAUCUUCAGUAGCCAAAAACAGGAAGGAAUAGCUUUUUAAAACAGAUUUUAUUAAAAGAAAAUAGCUUUUGCAAGCUACAUUUGAUUAAAUUAUCAGCAACUCAUGAAAGUUUAUGCCUUUUAAUAAAAAAUUUACUUCUAAAAAGGUACUAGAAGAUUAAUUCUAAUUUAUGUUUAUUAACAGUACUUGUGAAAAUGAUCUUUGAAACAGUAGUUGAUUAGAAGAGCCAUGAAGACCAGGCUCUUUGUCACACUUGUCAUCUUUAAUCUUAACCUUUUAUGUUUAUUGAUUUUAUAGUAAUUUCUUUGUUUGAUUGUUGAGUCAUUCAAGAACCGUUAUGUUGGGUGGCAUAUAAUUUUAAUAAAUUUUAUUUAAAUAGUAUCUGCAAUAAUGAUGCAACUAUAAUCAGAUAAAUGAAGGGUUUAGAUUGUAUCAACAGAGAUCUGAUUGACAAGUUAUGGAAAAUAAUUGUUCCGUUUUAUUGUAUUUUGCUCAAUUCCUAUCUUACUAUGAUACUGAAAAAUAUACUUUAAGGAGGAUUCAAUAUUCAAAGUUUGAAGAAAGACAAUGAUAUAUAUGGAGAUUAAAAACAGCCUCUUGAAAAAGAGAUUGAAAGAACUAGAUAUGUUUAGCUGGAAAAAAAGAUGAGUCUGGGAUGUAUGAUAGCAUUUUUAAGAUGAUGUUACAUAGAGGACGAUCAAGGUCUGUUCUUUCUUCUUUCAUAGGACAGGACAUGAAAAAGUGGAUUAAGUGACAGGAAGG